UUUACUAGGGAUGACGUAGAUUAUAUUACUGUUUCCUUCCUACAUUGGAAAAUUAUCAUUUCAUACACAACAAAUCGUACCGGCUUAUAACUAAACGUAAUAUCAGUCAUUCACAUCAACAGGUUAUCAUUGAUCGGUGACAAAUAUUUGUGACUUUAGAUUAUUUGGUGGAAACUUUUGUGUAUAUCUUUUUCCAUGCGUCUGUUUCAUUGUGAAUAGACACUAGAAUAUCAAAUCAAUGAGUGUCGGCUACAUACAACCUCCACAUUUAUCUGUAACCAGUCCAAACAUGGGAGACGUUUUCCUCUUCACUGACGUUUGAAGGGAUUAUUGAUAUUCCGUGGAGUUCAACUGAAUUUGAAGGUUAUGGAAUUCCUCGGCUUGGAGGAGUAGAAAUGUGUAUCAAUUUCUUGGAGGAGUGUUCUUUGGGAUUUACUAUAACCCUUUCACCACUGAAGACCCUAAUGAACUCGUCCAGACAAAUGCAUGGUAGGGUCUACUAAAGUUUCCUAGGGGUGCAAGGACUAAACAUCAGCCUAGCAGGACUGUGAUGUAACUAUUAGAGGUUUUAUCAGGGAUCAUGUUCGCAGUCAGAAAAUUCUUUGAAGAAAAUCUGUUCAGCUUGAGGAAUUCACUGACAGGAUUAUUUGUACUUUUUGCACAAAUUUCCAAUCUUCACAUCAGAAGGAUCAAUAGGUUUUUUCUUGUUUUAGAAAAAUUUUGUUUAGAAAUAGGAACAACAUUAUGCUCAAGGGAAUUUCUGCAAUUUCAGCUUGAAGCGUAAUAUAUGUAAAAGAGGUGAUGGAAGUGUUUUCCUUCGGUUUAAAUGGACACUGAUGUAUCUUGUUAAUUUGUGGAACUCGUUCCAUUAGAAAUCUCUCUCAAGAUACAAUUUCCAUGUAUAUUGGUUUUUAAGCUUCACACCAUGUAACUCUGCUAUAUACGAUACCACACAGGCCAAUCUCUCUAUUGUCUCUACUCGGGAAGGACUAUAGAGUUACUCUCAUUGUUUAAAAUCUUACCUCGGCUACUAUGUCACUAUUACCGUAUUUAUCCUGUAAUAAGCCCAGGGGGCCCACACAUGAUCUCUGAUAGAAAAUAAUAGGGGUCAGGCUUUUUAUAGGAUAAGGAUACAAUAUUUGCUGGCAAUUCUACUGGACGACAAUAAUUAAGAGUGGACUUAUUGCUGGAUACGUACAGUCUUUUGAAGCAGAAUGGGACUGCGUUAGUUGCUGGCGAACUUGUAUAGCUCAAUUUGUUACAGCGUCUGUCUGUAGUUUUGUGGUUCCGGUUUCAAAUCCGCAUCUGGCCAUUGCGUUUUUCCUUCCUUGUUACAUUUGGGGCCCAAUGACAUAAACCCACAAAAGGAGGUCUGAGAUAGCUCAGUUGGUUGAUGUGUCCGUCCAGAGUUUGGAGGUUAUGGGUUGGAGUCCUGGUCUGGUUACACUAUCAUCACUUCACUUUCUGCUAACAUUUUGUAAACUUUACAAAUUUUGGUACUAGAGGUGAAAUUUCCAUCUGAUGGUGAUGUAUGGAAUUUUGGUACUAGAGGUGAAAUUUCCAUCUGAUGGUGAUGUAUGGAAUUUUGGUACUAGAGGUGAAAUUUCCAUCUGAUGGUGAUGUAUGGAAUUUUGGUACUAGAGGUGAAAUUUCCAUCUGAUGGUGAUGUAUGGAAACAAUUUUACUUUUGUAUGGAAGUUGUGACUAUGAAAACACACGAUGAUGUGUUUCUACAAUUUUUUUCAUCAUUCGGUGGAAACAAAGGAAAAAUAUAAGUUUCAGCCUUAACUGUCACUUACAUUGUCUUUCUAUCAAAUUUUCAUCGCCAUCAUUUAUAUUUGAAAGUUUAAAUAUUUUGUGGCAGUGUUACAUCUCUGAUGGUUUAAUUUAGAACAACAUGGUUAUAUGAGUCAGGUUUAAUCUCUAUCCUGCUGGCCGUUUGUACGGGAGACGAACCCAAUGUACUUAUCUUAGUCAUUGCAAGAAACAUCAGCACUACCACAGAGGAAAAGAUUGAUGUGAUAAUAUUAUAUACAUAAAGUAAAUUGAAUUUUAUAGUAAAGAUUGUGUUACAUGAAGUAUAUUUCUGACUUUUCCUGAUAAUAAUUAAAUAAAGGCAAUUUAUCAUCACACUAUGAAUCAGUUGUCCAAAGAAAAAACCAAUAUGAAUGUUUUUAUAAUGCUUCCGAAACUGUGGCUGUUGUAUGCAUUUAGGAUUGAGAAUUUACAAGACUGAGAUUUACACCGCUGAACUUUGACCCCAAAGUAACAUCGUUGAAAUUCUUCAAGUGGAGGUAACUAAUUCAGGGGAAACAACCAUGGAUAAAUCACGACGACCACCACUGUUAAAUAACUGUGGAAGGUCUUAUUCAGCUCCACUACAUUUGACCAACGGCCAAGAUUUUCGCCGGUCAGUUUCAAUGAAUGACACAAUCUUUAAAAAAGCCAAGGAGAAGGAUCCCCAAGGGAGACCACCCAUUAUCAGUUGUAGAAGGACUUGGAUGAAUGAAUUUAACCAAAUGAAUCGUGGCAGCUCUGAUCCAAUUUUGAUAAAAGGAACAUGUGGUUGUACUCAAAGUGAAAGUAGAUAUCUCCACCUGGCUGCAAUCACAUCAUUGAAAGGGGAGCUAAUCGAGUUGAACAACCGAUUUCAAUUUCUCACUGGUGAACGAGACAGUUUGGAAAAACAACUCAACAAGUCACAGACUGACAGACUUUACUUCCAGCGAGACUGUGAGGACAGGCUAGAACAGACGACCAGCCGAUAUGAGGAAAGAAUCACGGAGCUACAUUCUGUCAUCGCAGAACUUCGUAAAAAGAUUGAACGUCACCACAUCAACGUUAUCAAGGAGGAGGAGGAAUAUGUGGAGGAAUCGGAUGCUGCUGUACACAGUAACAAAAGUAACAAUGGUGGCAGCACGCGGGACAACAUCGCCGGGGAGUCACAGGCUAGCAUCGUUGAGGCUGGAAAUGACCUGAACUCUGAACUCUCACGUGUUGUCACUGAGUUAGAGAGCACCAUUGAUGAGCGAAAGCGGAUCGCGUCAGUUGUCGUGGACGACCAGGAGGAUGUCGAUCUUGAAGAGGAUACUAAUGAAACAGGAGAGGAUGAUAGUAUUGAAGAGAAGGCUCUUGAGGCAUGUAAACAAAUGGAGGCAUUUGAUUUUGAAUCAACGCCCCCUCCAGCCCCUCCCCCACGUGACCCCCGUCCAGCAACUUUCCAUCCUCCACCCCCGCCCCCUCCGAACGAGUUCCCUGAGCCAGCUUAUCUGCAAGAGGAGAUAAACAGCCUGAGGGCAGAGACAAGCACUAUGCAGGAACAGAUUGGCAGACAAGAGGCGGAGCUUAAUAUGUAUAAGGCAGCACUUGACAGUAUUAGAGAGGAAAGAGACCGGUUCAAGAAAAAGGUGAAAGACAUCCAGUGUAGACAGCAGACAUAUGAUCUGGCUUCAAGUCCGCAACACAGUCGAACAGCCACGCCCACAAAACCUCAACACCUUACCCCCAGUGGAGACAGGUCAACGCCUGCUUCCUCCACAAAUGAGUCAUUCCCUGUUGCCAAGGUUGCUGAGCUAAAGAAACUAAAAACCUGUGCUAGUGAGCGCCAGAUUUUAGGGGCGGAGAUUAGCUCUGCAGGGUUACCCAACACCAAGGUGGCGGAACACCUGGUACAGAGCCUACAGGAGUGUUCUAACAUGCAGGAGAUUCUACAGACACUGUAUAAGUGCGGAAACGAAAUGUCCGACAAUAAACUCAACGAGUUUGAAUUAGAAUUUGAAAGACUACAGAGUAAAAUAGACAAUUUGAAGUCUCAGAAUGACCUGUUGUUGCUCACGCUGGAGGAGAGUAAGUCCAUGACAGAUCGUCUGACGGUGCUGAUGGGUAAAUACGAGUCUAAUCACACAGCAUUACAGCUGGCAGUGGGAUACUCGGACCAGACGAUGGAGGCGUAUGACGUCUUACUCGGCCUGGUGGAGAGCGAGCUAGCUGUUGUCCUUUGUAACUGUCAGGCUGCUGGAUUAACUGGUCAAACUGAUGGAACACAGAGAGAUGCCAGUCAGAUGGAGGUCAUGGCCCAGCGAGUCGCUCAAAGUCGACGGACGGCAGAGAGCAUGGUAGCACAUCUGCUGCUGAAGCUGGACAGGAAUGUAGGAAUCUACAGUGGGGCACAUGCCUCUAACACAAACCCCUGGGAGGAGAUGUCCAGUGAAUCAAGUUCCAAGGGGAGUGCUGCUAUGGAAAGUGAUUUUGAUAAAAAUGAUGAGCAGCGAAUCCGUGAGUACAUCCAGUGCCUUAAAAACAGUCGGGGGACGGUCAAGUCCACCAUCAUAGAGAUGGAGAGUAUCCAUUUGGAACCUCAGAUCCAAGAAAAUCAGCGCAGUGUGGAGACUCAGCGACUUGACCUGGAAAAUGCUGUGUUAUUGCAAGAACUGAUGGCUAUGAAGGAAGAAAAGACAGAACUGAAGUCAAGUAAUUACUUACUGGAGAAGGAAAAACGUGCUUUAGAAUUAAAACUGUCGAGCCGGGAUUCAGAGCAACAGGCAAACUUUUUACAGAUAGAACACCUCAAGUGUGAACUACAGGAGAGAGAGGCUAGACUCCCAAAGGAUGAAGACAAUGCAGGCUUUUCAUUGGUGGAUUACAUGUCCAGCAAUCCGGAUUUGGGGAAAGAAUUAUCUGAAGCAGCCAAGCGUGAAAAGAAGUUAAAGGCCCGUGUCCAAGAAUUGGUUGUCACACUCGAGAAAUUGUCAAGAAAUUCCGAAAUUCGGCAUCAACAGUCAGCCGACUUUGUGAAUGAUUUAAAACGGGCAAACAGUGCCUUGAUAUCAGCCUUUGACAAAUCUAAGAAGAAAUACCAGAGCAAGCUCAAAAGAAUGGAGCUUCAGAUGGCGGCCUUAACAGAACGCUACGAUGCACAGAUUCAAAUGAUCGGCAAGAAGUUAGCUAUGCAGGAAUCGGAGACAGUGAUGUCACAGUCCCGACCAGCUCCUAACGAGACGUCGCUAUAGCAAUGACUGGUUCCACCAAUGAAAGUGUUCGUUCAUAUUGACCAAUCACCAAGCAGGAAUGAUGACAUUUUCUGACUGGAACCAAUCGGUGAAGAUAAAGAUUGUUUGCCAUUAUAGCUAAUUACCUGGAUCACUAUACACAUUGUUAGUAGUACAUUUGAUGUACCAGGAACAACCUGUGGUGUGUUACCGUCACAGGACCUUCAGGACGUACAGGUUGAACCAUGCUAAUGGAAAUAAGCUUACAGACUCCUGGGGCCUGUUUGUUUAUGCGGAACAAUCAGUUUGAGCGUUUAUAAAUGUAACAAUUUCUGGUAUAAAUCCUGGCGGACCUGCAAAUGUUUAUGCAGUCCUUGCAAGGCUUUGUCAAGCCUCGCCUGAACGCAGCAUCAGGUUACUAGGUCCGACCUUAUUUAAUAAACAAACAACAGAGGUCCGACCGGUUUGACCGUUUAAACGAAAACGGCCCUGGUCAAUCAUAGCAAAGCUACUGGUACUUUCCUGAGAAAAUGGGUGAUGAAUUUUGUGUAAAAUAUCAGUUUUACGGACACUGAAGAAAGACUUGUGUGCUGUUUUUGAAACAGAGUUAUGCAGUUUUUGAGAACUUUCUGUCAAAACUUGCCAUAUAAAGUUCUAGAACUGGCCUGAACUUCAUUUGGUGGAAUAUCAAGUCCUUGUUAGGAUGCAGACGUUUAACAUGUGUUUGUACAAAGUUACCGAUAUCUUAGUAUUGGCUGUGAUUUGUGGAUUAGUGUGGAUUUGUUUCUGAAUUCGUGUGGAUCAGCAAAGAAAAAGUGUUCAGUGAAUUAAGUGGAGUCGCUCCGAGGAUGGUGUGGUUUCAAGAGAUUGGUGUUCGUAGACUGUGAUUGUGUUGUUACGAGUGAUUGGAGUCGCUUCGAGGAUGGUGUGGUUUCAAGAGAUUGGUGUUUGUAGACUGUGAUUGUGUUGUUACGAAUGAUUGGAGUCCCUUCAAGGAUGGUGUGGUUUCAAGAGAUUGGUGUUUGUAGACUGCGAUUGUGUUGUUAUGAAUGAUUGGAGUCGCUCCGAGGAUGGUGUGGUUUUACGAGAUUGGUGCUGCACCAAGGAUUGUGUGGAAACAAGAGAUCGGCGCCGCACCGAUGAUUCAGAAGGGUUUGAGAGAGACUGGUGGUCCUUUUAAAUUGAUAUUGUAUGUUUGUGUAAAUACCAAUAGGUGUGAACUUAGAUAUGAAUCCGUGAGAUCGACGACAUCUGUGUUCAGUAGAAUCUGCUUUGUCAGGGCAUUUUGGUUUCUAUGACCCCCGGUAGUCUGAAUAUUUGCUUUUGGCAUGGAAUGGAACCUUGUCAGUCUGGACACUUUUUUAUUUUUUUUAUUUACUGUAGAACCUUGGUAAUCUAGACACUUUGGUUUGUGUGUACAGUGGAACCUCUUUAGUUUGGACACAAUAGUUACAGGAAAAUACUGCAGACUGGGGAACUAUUGCCAAACCCAAGUUUCACCCUUCUCUAGGGUACAUUCGCGUUACCGGUUGAAACGGUUGAACCGGUUGAACAUGUAAAGAAAAUGACAGGUACAUAUUUGGA